AUGCCCAUCCUUCGUGCUUUCGCUGUUAUCUCGCUGGCUGCUUACGCUUCAGCUCAAUCCCUAUCAUCGGCAUGCACAACUGCAUUGACGUCCGUUGCCCUUAAUCCCGAUGCCGCUGCUUGCCUGAGCCCUUCUUCACUAAUUCCAAUUGCUACUGGAGGCGCUAACAAAUCCGUCGUCGCACCAAUUAACAAUUGGUUGACUGCCGUCUGUGGUGCACCGGCUUGCAGUAACGCAACCAUUGCUGCGGUCGUGACAAACAUCACCACUGGGUGCGCCACAGAUUUGGCCGCUACGGGAUUCACGUCUGAUCUUACGCCAACCAUUACUACUCUGGUGGAACAAUAUUACCCAACUGUGCGGCAGGUCAUUUGCUUGAAAGAUGGAAGUACAAACUGCAUCACUGAAACCCUUACCAACAUUGAAGCCAUUGUGGGCCCCCUCACUCUCACAAACAUCCUCUCCAUUGCGGCCAACCCUCCCAGCACCAUUCCCACAAACAUCACCUGCUCGAACUGUAUAAAAGCGGCAUAUAACAUUAUUGCCAAGGACGUUCCUAGCAUUGUUUCCGAAGCUGCGCCAGCUUUGCAAUCACAAUGUGGUGCCUCCUUCACGGAUGGCGCUACGCCUUCGGGAAUUAGUGAAAGUGCCACCAAUGCCGCAUUAGCCUCAACCAGCUCCAAAGCUGCCGCUGCUGGUUCAGUGGCCAUGCUCUCCCAGGGACUUGUUGCGGGUCUUGCUGCGUCGGGUCUGGUCAUUGGCUCAACCUUGUUCACCUUGCUGGCUUAA